AUGGUCUGGUGCUACGGGUGUGAUGCAGAGGUUGGGCUGCUUCCCGACCGCGCUCUGCACGAGGCCCGCGCGCUUGUCCGCCGAUACGCAGGGCUCGGUGACCACGUCAUGGAUCCGUCGGCGACUAACAGCGAUGUGCAACUGCCUGCAGUCAAUGCUGCCCCACCAGCGCUCAAAGGCAAGCGCAACAGCGGUCACGCCCGUUCAGCGCCUGGCAAGAUCUCGUGGUGGGACGGUGGCGUCGAGUGCGGCGCCACCAAGGCCAAGCCCAAGGCCAAGCCGCGGCGGAACACCGCCGGCAAGCGCGGCCGACUCAAGGGCGUUGCGCCCGGCAUGUGCGGCAUCCCCAACAUUGGCAACACAUGCUUCUUCAACUCGGUCCUGCAGACGCUCGCCCAAAUGCCGCCGCUUGUCGCCGGGUUGGUGAUCACUCCGCGGCCUGCUGGCAUUGCUGGCCUGCUCAGCGACGUGCUGCGGACCAUGUGGAAGCCCUCUAGUGGCAGCCCAAACCCACGCAAGCUCUUUGGCGCCAUCUGUGGUCUUGCGCCGCAGUUCAGAGGUUUUGGUCAGCAGGAUGCCCACGAGCUGUUACGGGUCCUGGUUGAUGGCUUGCGCGACGAGUCUGACGUGCGUCCGCCACUAGUGGACACUGUCUGGCGCGGGGAAAUGGUCUCGGUAGUCAUCUGCGAUGUCUGCGCUGUCCCUUCGCUCCGGCGCGAGCCGCUGUACGACAUCUCGCUGCCGGUGGGCAAGCCGAGGGCCGCAGCCACCCGCCCCCACUCUGGCUACGUUGCCGGGGCGGGCUACGGCGCCGCGUCCAGCUCGCGCCGUGGUAAGCGCAAGAACAAGCGUAAGAACAAGCGUCGCGGACAAGGGCUGGCUGUCGACGACUGGUACAACCCGCUUGAGUCGGCCAUCCCCGAUCGCGCUGCAGCCACAGAGCAGGCUGCUGUGCCCGGCCACGAUGCGCUCUCGGGCGAGCUCUCCGGCUUUCGCGACGGGACGGGUCCUGACAUCGACCACUACGUCGGCCCAGGUGUUGCCGGCUCUGUCAGCUUUCAUCGCCUCCCGCCUGAGCUGGCGGCGGCGGCAAGCGCGACGCCAAUCACCCUCGAGGGCUGCCUGGCUGCUUUCGCCGCAGUCGAGACGCUCGAUGCCGCCAAUCGCUACGCCUGCUCCGCAUGCACCAAGGCCAAGCUGGGUAGUAUCGAGGCCGAGCGCGGCGAGCCGCUCCCGCAGCAGGUCUGGCGCAAACGCCGGGUCUUCCAGACCGCUCUCAAGCAGCUGGUCCUCACACGCCUUCCGCCUGUCCUCAUUCUGCAUCUGAAGCGGUUCGAUCAGUCGCGCGGCCGCAUGGCCAAGCUUGGCGCACACGUGGUCUUCCCUCCCAUUCUUGACAUGGCUCCGUUUGUGGCAAGCGAUCUGCCCCACGUCGACGCAGUCGAGCUCGCGCACUCGUCAUCCUCUGACAGCUCGGCGUCGAACGAUGACGAUGACGCCACCGCACAUGACGACGCGCCGCUGACCUACGCCCUCGUCGGGAUUGUCGUCCACAGCGGCUCACUCCACGGCGGCCACUACGUGGCUUACGUCCGCCACUCGGACGCCAUCGCGACCGCGCAGCGAAGGUCCGACUCGAAUGCUGCCGAUCCAAGUGUCGACAGCGAGCCGAGAACCCGCAGCCAGUGGCUGGCUUGGUUGCACGCCUCGGCCUGGCUGUAUGUCUCGGAUUCAUCGGUCUCACUCUCGAGCCUCGACGACGUGCUGCGGCAGCAGGCGUAUCUCCUAGUUUACGAGCGGAUUGAGUGUGCGCCCGAGCCUGUACCCGGACCCAAUGCUCAGCCGAGCGAUGCAUCGGAGACUUCCGACGUACCGGACGCCUCAUCGCCGGCGCCUGUGACGUGAGUUGGAGCU